AUGGCUGAUGACGGUGUUAGGAAAUCGGGAACCGUGAAGUGGUUUAACGAUACCAAGGGUUUCGGCUUCAUUUCCCCCGAGGACGGCAGCGAAGAUCUGUUUGUUCAUCAAUCAUCGAUCAGGGCCGAAGGAUUCCGUAGCCUCGGAGAUGGCGAAACUGUUGAAUACGUUGUCGAGAACGGAUCCGACGGACGGACCAAGGCUGUCGACGUAACUGGUCCUGACGAGGGACCUGUACAGGGAAGCACACGCGGUGGUGGUGGCGGAGGCGGCCGUGGAGGUGGUGGUGGUGAUCGUUAUGGAGGAGGAGGGUAUAAUGGAGGUGGCCGUGGAGGAGGCCGCGGUGGUGGUGGAUAUGGAGGCGGUGGAGGUUACGGAGGAGGUGGAGGUAGUUAUGGUGGCGGUGGUGGUUAUGGAGGCGGAGGUGGAGGUGGGAACGCUUGUUUCAAGUGUGGCGAGUCUGGACACAUGGCUAGGGAUUGCUUUCAGAGUGGUGGAGGCGGUGGUGGAGGAUACGGAGGUGGUGGUCGUGGAGGUGGAGGAUACGGCGGCGGCGGCGGUCGCGGCGGAGGUGGUGGUGGCGGUUGUUACAACUGUGGUGAAGAUGGACAUUUCGCUCGUGAAUGCCCCAACGCCAACAACCGUUGA